AUGUGAAAUUCACUUUUUCCUUUUGUUAAAGAAAAAUUAAAAAGAGAUUCUAACAUAUGAGUUGAGUGUUGCUGUGUGUAGCACGCAUAUGAGUAUAUAUAAGGCAGGAGUUGCAUCUUGGAAAAUUAUCAGAGGAGAGUGAUAUAGGAAUUUAGAGAAGAGAAUUGAAAUGACGAUAACAAGCGAGAGUUUGCAAGUAGUGUUUGGGAAGGCAAAACCCUUUUUAGCAGUGGUUUUUCUGCAAGCCGGGCUGGCGGGGAUGGACAUCAUCUCUAAGGCCGCCUUGAACGAGGGGAUGAGCAACUACGUCUUUGUCGUCUAUCGCCACGCUGUCGCCACCCUAGUCAUCGCCCCUUUUGCCUUCAUCCUAGACAAGAAAAUAAGGCCAAAAAUGACCACAGCUACGUUCCUCAAGAUAAUGCUAAUGAGUAUUUUGGAGCCAGUUAUAGACCAAAAUCUCUACUUCUUGGGGAUGAAGUACACGACAGCGACUUUUGCAGCUGCAAUGGCAAACGUUCUUCCGGCAAUUACAUUCGUGAUGGCAUGGUGUUUCAGGGUUGAGAAGGUAAAGUUGAUGAGCAUCCGCAGCCAAGCAAAGAUAUUGGGCACACUAGCUACAAUUGCAGGAGCCAUGAUCAUGACAUUGGUAACCGGCCCUAAUCUCGACCUUCCAUGGACCAGAUCAGGACCCACUAAUGACGUUCAUCAACAACCUCAAAUUUCUCUUCAACACACGAUCAAGGGUGCCCUCAUGAUCACUAUUGGAUGCUUUAGCUGGGCCGCUUUCAUGAUCUUGCAGGCUGUGACGUUGCGUACGUAUCCUGCGGAACUCUCCUUAACUGCAUGGAUAUGCUUGUUAGGAACCGUAGAAGGGGCAGCGGUGGCAUUAGUGGUGGAGAAAGGAAAUGCUGCGGCUUGGGCCAUCAAAUGGAACACUAGCUUUCUUGCAGCUAUUUACAGUGGCAUAUUCUGUUCGGGCAUUGCUUACUACGUGCAAGGAGUUGUGAUGAAAAAAAGGGGCCCUGUUUUUGUCACUGCAUUUAGUCCUCUGAGCAUGAUCAUCGUUGCUUUCUUGAGCUCGUUCAUUCUCUCUGAGAAAAUGUACUUAGGAAGGGUUGUUGGCGCGGGCGUGAUUGUGCUUGGGCUUUACUUUGUGGUAUGGGGCAAACAAAAAGACUACAAAUCCCCCUCUAUGGAAAUACAAGAAGACAUUCCGGUAAAGCAGAGUGAUGCAUCAAAACUGGAGGUGGUUGCUAACAAUGUUGAAAGCGACGAGAGAUUAGUGUAAAAGGUUUUUCUUGUGUAUCCAAUAGCAAAUAAUUUAACAAUUCACCAGGACUUUGAAGCAUAAGCUUUCAUUGAGAUGGGCUUUGGUGUUAUCUUAAAUGGCUUGGGCCCAAUUUAUAUUAAGCUUUUUUUUAACAACA